CGCUUCCUCCCAGGGUGCACUGCGCUCCAGGAAGCGCUUCGAGCUGUCUAAGCAGGAGAAGCAGCUGAGCAGGAUGGAGGAAGAUGAACUGGAGGUGCUGGAGGAACUGGAAGCUGUGCUCCACCUGGCACCAGAAGUACAGCAAGCCAUAGAGCAGGUUUUCCCCAGUCAGGACCCCUUGGAUCGUUCAGACUUCAAUGCUGUUGAAUAUAUUAACACUUUAUUUCCUACUGAACAGUCCUUGUCAAACAUUGAUGAUGUUGUAAGCAAAAUCCGUUUGAAAAUAAGGCGUUUAGAUGACAGCAUCAGAGGUGUGGUACGAGGCCAGACAAAUGUUGGACAAGAUGGGAGACAGGCUUUGGAAGAGGCUCAGAAAGCCAUACAGCAGCUCUUUGGCAAGAUCAAAGACAUCAAAGACAAAGCUGAGAAGUCUGAACAAAUGGUGAAAGAAAUCACACGGGAUAUUAAACAGCUAGACCAUGCUAAGCGCCAUCUGACCACAUCAAUUACAACCCUUAACCAUCUACACAUGCUGGCUGGAGGAGUUGAUUCUCUGGAAGCAAUGACAAGAAAAAGGCAGUAUGGGGAAGUUGCCAACCUGCUGCAAGGGGUGGUGAAUGUCCUGGAGCACUUUCAGAAGUAUAUGGGUAUUCCUCAGAUUCGGCAGCUAUCAGAAAGAGUUAAAGCUGCUCAGACUGAACUAGGACAGCAGAUUCUAGCUGAUUUUGAGGAGGCUUUUCCAUCUCAGGGCACGAAGAGACAUGGAGGACCCAGCAAUGUCCUGCGUGAUGCCUGCUUAGUAGCGAAUGUCCUGGAUGUCCGGAUUAAACAAGAGAUCAUCAAGAAAUUCAUCAGGCAACAUCUCUCUGAGUACUUGUUGCUUUUCCAAGAGAACCAAGAUGUUGCAUGGCUUGACAAAAUUGACAGACGUUAUGCUUGGAUUAAACGUCAGCUAGUGGAUUAUGAAGAGAAGUAUGGCCGAAUGUUUCCUGUGGACUGGUGCAUGACUGAGCGCAUUGCUGUUGAAUUUUGCCAUAUAACCAGGAACGAUCUUGCAAAAAUCAUGAGGACAAGAGCGAAGGAAAUCGAGGUGAAGCUGCUGCUCUUUGCUAUUCAGAGAACCACUAACUUUGAGGGUCUCCUAGCAAAAAAGUUCUCUGGCUGUACCUUGACUGACACUGUUGUGAAAAAGCCAGAGCCCCAAGCUCCAGUUUCUACCAAUCCCUUCCUAGAUGAUGACAACAUUGGAGAUGAAUCGGCUCUUGAAAGAGAUGGUGACCUUGAUAAGCUAAAGAAGCCAAAAGUACCAGAGAACCCCUUCCAUGGCAUCAUUUCUAAGUGUUUUGAGCCCCAUCUAUAUGUUUAUAUUGAGUCACAAGACAAGAACCUUGGUGAGUUAAUUGACAGGUUUGCUGGGGAUUUCAAGGCCCAAGGUCCACCAAAGUCUACUUCAGAGGAUGCUGGAGCUGUGUUACCAAGCUGUGCAGACCUAUUUGUGUACUACAAAAAGUGCAUGGUACAGUGUUCCCAGCUUAGCACAGGAGAGCCAAUGAUUGCCCUUACCACUAUAUUCCAGAAGUACCUGCGGGAAUAUGCCUUGAAAACUCUCUCUGGUAAUCUCCCCAAAACCAGUAGCAGCAGCACAGGCCUUACAAUCACCAGUCUUCUGAAGGAAAAGGAAGGUUCAGAAGUUGCCAAAUUCACCACUGAAGAGCUGUGUCUGAUAUGCAGUAUACUGAGUACAGCAGAGUACUGCCUGGCUACAACACAGCAACUGGAAGAGAAGCUAAAAGAAAAAGUAGAUGUGACACUGACAGAGAGGAUAAACCUGACAACAGAGAUGGAUACUUUCAGCACUGUAAUUUCUAAUAGUAUCCAGCUGCUUGUGCAAGAUUUAGAUUCUGCUUGUGAUCCUGCACUUACUGCAAUGAGCAAGAUGCAGUGGCAAAAUGUGGAACAUGUUGGGGAUCAAAGCCCAUAUGUUACAUCAAUCAUUCUACACAUCAAGCAGAAUGUUCCCAUUAUUCGAGAUAACCUAGCAUCCACCAGAAAGUACUUCACACAGUUCUGUAUCAAGUUUGCUAACUCUUUUAUACCAAAAUUCAUCAACCAUCUUUUUAAAUGCAAGCCUAUCAGUAUGGUGGGAGCCGAACAGCUUCUACUUGAUACUCAUUCUUUGAAAACGGUUCUUUUGGAUCUGCCAUCCAUUGGUUCUCAAGUAAUAAGGAAAGCUCCAGCCAGUUACACAAAGAUUGUAGUGAAAGGCAUGACACGGGCUGAGAUGAUCUUAAAGGUCGUGAUGGCGCCACAUGAACCCUGUGUUGUAUUUGUGGAUAACUAUAUCAAACUGCUUGCUGACUGCAACACGGAAACAUUCCAGAGGAUAUUGGAAAUGAAGGGCUUGAAAAGAAGUGAACAGAGUUCAAUGCUUGAGCUGUUUCGACAACGACUUCCAACACCUCCUUCUGGUUCUGAAAACAGUUCUGUCGCUCUUCAGACUCCGACGCCUGAGCAAGAGUCGUCACGGAUCCGAAAACUGGAAAAACUCAUCAAGAAGCGGUUGUAAACUAAGCACCGCGACCUGUGGACUCCACAGUGGCCAGUUAGCAAAUCUGCUAUGAACACUCUGACAGUCACCCUAUUAUGCUGUCACAUCUCUUCUAAUUGAUCAUUUUAGGUGUCAAUGGAGUAGGAUUUGAGCCAGAGAAUGCCUAUUGGAAAUGACAGAACAGUAUGACUUUGUCUCUGUCUAGACAGAACAUAUCUAGAUCAGUCAAUCCCUCAAGCAUGUUAAAAACACUGCGAGGGAGUGUGCGGUCAUGCAGGAUUGUUCCUCCUAAUUUUUCUGUUUGGUUUAGCCCAAGGCUUGUAUGCAAGUACAUAGCUGAGCGUCCAGUCUAUUUAAGGAGACACUUCUGUUCCUGCUGCGUCUAACCACUGAAACACAUUACAAACAUAGCAGGCUCUAGCAUGAACAAACUUUUGUUAAAGUGGUAUUGCUUUACUUUCUACAUCCAGCUGUUACAUGAAAACAAUGUGACAGCCUUGACACCGACUCUGCUGUGUGCCAGCAAAUUUCAUUAGGUGUUAACUGUUUUACGCUAUACAAAUAAUGGAAAUUUGCUCAGACCAAUCGAAACGUCGGGUGGAUUGUUCUGAAAGAAUCUUGGCCAGCCUGUUUAAACUUAAAUAGCUCUUAGUUUAUUGAUGAGUGCAGAUGAAAGCUAAACAUUCUACACGCACAAUUGUGUUUUGUCUCUUCUUUGCAGUCAUGGAACUUUUAAGAUAAGACAAGAGAUCGUUACUGUAUCAUAGUACAAACUCGUGAGAAAAAUGAUAAGUUAGAUUUCUAAAAUGAUGUUGCUUUGUUAUA